UAAAUAUUUUUACAAUUCAUCGAUUAAUGAAACACAAAACUGCGAUAAAGUUAAAUCGUUAAUUGGGCAAAAACAAUCGAUAAAUUUCAGCAAAUGAUUAAUCGCUGCCAUUUCUUAUGGUGAUUUUAAAGGCGGCAAAGAAGAAGAAUUCUAUACCAUAAGAUUUAUCCGCACGUGUAUAUUUAAUUUGAAGUUUUUAUUCUAUCAGAUUAAUAAAUCUUUGUAGUAAUGCCUCCAGUACGCAAAGCCAAGCCAGAAAACCGUCAAAUUUCUAAGGAAUCUCUGGAGACUACUGCAGUCGUUUCAGGGCAGUUAGACAAGAAAAUCAAGAAACAGCAACAAAGGAAUGAUGAUAAGCGCGGGAUUGUCUUUGUUAAGCAUCUUCCUCAUGGAUUCUUCGAAGAACAAUUGAAGAACUAUUUUGAACAGUUCGGUGCAGUUUCACGCGUACGGCUUGGACGUUCACGUCGUACUGGUGGCAGCAAAGGCUAUGCCUUUGUGGAAUUUGAGUAUCCGGAAGUAGCAGAGGUGGCUGCUGAGACUAUGGAUAAUUACCUUAUGUUUAAGAAAGUGGUUAAAGCCUCUUAUAUUCCUCCAGAAAAACAGUUAUUCAACUACUUUAAAACGUCUGUGCGCAAAGUAACAAAUAAGGCUGGCAAAGAUUUAUAUGUAUCUCAUAAAACAGCUGCAAUACAACGCAAAGUAAAGCAAAUGAAUAAUUGGUCCAACAAGAGUUAUCAAAAUCGCGCGUUAAAAAAAUUGGAAAAGGUGAAAAAACUAAACCGAAAGUAUGCGCAUUUGGGCAUUGAUUUUUCAAAGAUACUUGUUGAACCGAGUAAAUUAGAUCAAGAUGAUAAGACAGAAGUUGCAGAAGCUAAUGAAGAAGGUCCCAAAACAAAAACGCGUGAAAACAACUUAAAAAGAGGUGUUGCUGAGGAAAAUAAAAAAUCAAAAAAGUCAAAGAAAGAUAUAGAACUGCAGGAUCUACUUGGCAAUACAAUAAAUGAUGAUGAUUCGGGGGACGAAGACUACAUUGCUCCACCCCAUAUUGAUGAUGAAAGUAAGGAUGAAGAUGAGAACAGUGAAGAAGCUGACAAUGAUAUUGCCACAUCAAGUUCCGAUGCGGAAACGUACGGUUUUAGUGAGGAUUCUGAUGAUGAAGAAGACGCUGGGCUGACACAAAUACGAAAAAAAUCUAAAAAGGCUAGUAUUUCUCUUGGUCAGUCAGUAAAAGCACCAAAAGUGGAUCGCUUCGAACAGUUAAUUAAAAGAAAGCCACACACUGGAGGUGUGAAGAAAACCAAGAAGGCAAUUAAGCCAACUAUUGUAAAGAAAUCUUCUAAAAGUAAUUUUCAAAUGACAGCGGCGAAGGAAAUGCUAAAAACAAUGCCGGCGAAAAAAUCUAAAUCAUUGGGUUUAAAAGCCAAGUCGGCAAAAAUACAAAAGAAUAGAAAAUAGUGAUGUUCUUACAUGUACAUACGUGUUACGUUUUUCAUAUAAAUUUAUACAUAUAAUAUUAAAAAUCUAA